AUGCAAUUAUAAUCAUACUAAGAAUAGCUGUUGUCCAACAAUGUAAGCAAUUGGUAUUAAAGACUUCUACAAGAGAAAAUAGGAGGGGAGGAAAUAGUGCUGACCACAAAAUGCUAAUUGUCCAAGAUCUCUGUAACAAUUCCAAUUAGACAUACAUCAAUUACUUAUAUCCAUUGUUUGUUUGAUCUAGACUGUUGGAUGGAGCAUUACAAACAAAUGCAAUAUAAAGUUGAGCCGACAGGAUUUGCCUGUCCAGGAUGCAAGAGAUAUACGAAUUUUAAGGAUUAUGGAGUUGAUUAUACUUUUUAUCAUGUUUUAGAAGAGCUAAGACUAUUUAAAUUGAAAAAUAACCAAAUUAAAUUAAAUGAGUCUUAAUUAAUCUAUCAACCAAGCAAGAAUAUUUAUUACGUGGAAACAAAAGUUACCAAUAGUGCUAACUCUAAAAUAAAAAUGGUAGCCUAAAGAUACCCACUUCCAGGUUGUGUUCCAAUCUUUGGUGUGUCUCGAAGAUAACAACAAAUUAGCAAUUAGCAUUAAAAUGAAACCUAAAAAAGAAUUCUUGAUGAAAUUAGCUAAACCAUUGUGAAAUUACAACAACUUCUAUUCAGCAAAUUGUACAAGAUCUUCAAAAUAAAUGCUAAUGUCACCUUUAAAUAAUUGCAAGACAAAGUAGCUACAUAAAAGCAUUAAUGCAAACAGCAACUAGCCAAGUCCUUGAAAGUUAUUUCAUUAGGAAGAAAGUCAUUAAAUGACGAUUAUGUUUUUGCUCUAAAAAAGAUUGCUUCCAACAACCAAAUGCAUUCGAUUUUGAUCGUUUAUCUAGUUCAAUAUGGUAUUUGGUAUGAGUACGAUCUCAUUUUUAAUGGCCAACCUUAUGUUCAACUGGAGCAAGCCUUAUACAUUAAAGGUGAAAGUGAUGCCUAGAAGAACACAAUUUACAUCAUUGGAGGCUAGAAACAAGAUAGAUUCUCCCAAUCAAACUAGUGUCUAUAACUUACCUUUCCAAGAAACCCCUUCUAAGUCGUUGAGGAAUAAGUCAAAAUCGUAGCAUUGCCAGAUUAUCCAUUGGAGGGAUAUAAUUUCAUGGGAACAUCAUACAAAGGAAACCUCUUUGUAUUUUAUGGAUAGAGACAGACCAAAAACAGUGAUAAUCAAAUCAAAUACCAAUUAUUAAAUUCUUAAUAUGUUCUAAGAAAGAAUGCGUUUAAUUAAAAAUGGGAAUAAAUGAAGAAUAAGUUAGUUGACAGAUUUGAUGGUAGUUUCUUUACCAUAACUCAUGAAUAAUUCGAUAAAUUGAUUGUGUUAUUUGGUGGCAUAACCAAAGAUCCUGAUGGUGUACCUAAUUAUAGAAGUUAAUAAUAACAUUUAGGAUAGAUCUUUGUUUGCAAAGAUGAAAAGUUUUUGGGAAAUUAAAAAUAAGAUUUUAAUAUCAAUUAUGCCGGAUAAGAUGCAUAUCAUAAAUCUCUUUUAGCUUCUCCAGUUUUCAGUUGUCCAUAUUAUGGAAACAACUAAUUGAUUCUAUCAGGAGAAUGUUUGAAAUAUAAAAAUAAUGAAUAAAGAGAAAUUUAUACAUUUGAUUGGGCGAGUGCAGAAAUUAGAAUAAAUGAAUUAUUCUCAUUGGAACCACCUGAAUAAAUCUUCACUCCUUAUAGAAGAAAAGUAACUGGUUAUGAUAUAUUUUCCCCUGUCCAGGAUCCUCAAGGUGCAAUAGCCUAUGGAUUCUUUUAUGUGAUUCAUCAAUACGAGAUUGAACAAAGUUAAUAAGAAAAAGUUCAAAAAAUUACGACUUAAUUGCUGAAAAUCAAUUUAACCAAUGGAUUAUUUUUCGCUCUCCCAUAUCAAGAGUCCUCUAAUUCAAGAGAGGUGGCUUAGAAGAAUUUAUAACAAUUACCUGAUAGAUAAAAUGAAUAUCUGUGAAAUAUCAUGUUUAUUUUUUAAGUGGUGGAUUAAUAUCAUAUCUAUAGCUAA